UAAAAGCUAAGAAAAAUAUCUCGUUGGAGUUCAGUGCCGUUAUCCGCAACAAAGCGUUAGUCGCCAAGCAGCCAGCAGCAACCCGAAAGAGGCCAGCCACAGAGCAGCACAUUGCUUUUAAUUAGAUUUCUAAUCACCCUAAAACAAACAAAAAACAAAGCAAAAUGUCUUCGGAAGUGACCAGCGACAACCCCAUCUAUGGCCCCUUCUUCGGUGUUAUGGGCGCAGCCUCCGCCAUCGUCUUUUCGGCUCUCGGCGCUGCUUAUGGCACUGCCAAGUCUGGUACCGGUAUUGCUGCCAUGUCGGUGAUGCGUCCUGAACUGAUCAUGAAAUCCAUCAUUCCUGUUGUCAUGGCGGGUAUCAUUGCCAUUUACGGCCUGGUCGUGGCUGUGCUGAUUGCCGGCGCGCUGGAUGAACCCUCAAAGUACUCACUGUUCAGAGGGUUCAUACACUUGGGAGCCGGUCUGUCGGUGGGCUUCUCCGGUCUGGCAGCUGGCUUUGCGAUCGGCAUCGUGGGAGAUGCCGGUGUCCGUGGCACAGCACAACAGCCCAGAUUGUUUGUCGGCAUGAUCCUGAUUCUCAUCUUCGCCGAAGUGUUGGGUCUCUACGGUCUGAUCGUGGCCAUCUACCUGUACACGAAAUAAAUCAAUCAAUUCAACCACACAACAACAGCAAAUAGACAAACAGCCCCAGCAGUCUGCGCGGCAACACCAGCAGCCGCGGGAGGAUCAGGUAACAUCAAUCUUAACAUCAGUCCGACAGCAGUGCGCGUGCGGUGGCAGUUCUGGCGGCGACCCUUUGUAUAUAGCAACAAGAUUCAACGGAGAAGAAUAAAGUUCGUCGCCCGAGGAUUGCAAGGGUACCGCCGCGUGUUGCACCAUAGGACACUGCCUGUUCGAUCCACUUUGGGUUGCUGGCGUCUGGUUUAGCUUAGUUAUUUUCCGUUCAAAUUCAACCUUUAACAAGGAAAACAAUCUGCAGUUAAGUUCGUAAAGUUAUAAUAAUUAUGAGUUUUGCUAUAUCAAGAAAUUCUCCUCUUUUUAUCUUAUUAUUUUGCGCUCCACAUUUGUGUGCUCUUUGUUAUUUGUUUUUUCCAUUAUUAUUAUUAAAUAAUGUUUAGUGUAUAUGUAAAGUUCGUUAAACAAAAGAAAAACUGUAAAGAAUCAACCAACAAUUGUCAAAAGAAACUUGUACAUUUGCAAGCGGCUUGCGGCAUGUGGCACAUGGCCACGCAGCCGCACCAGAUGAACAAAAUUAGCGAAAGGGCCCCGACAACAACAAACAAAACAAACAAGCAGAAAGCAACAACAUCUGCUUCCGCUGCUCCGAUGCAACAAAACUCGCUCUGCCCGUCCGAUUAACUUUCCGGCUGUUUGGGCGCACCUGCUUGCACCUUGUGCUGGCAGAGUGGAACCUCACAACAGUUGGGCGGUGCAUCACAUGGGUCCAAAAAAAUUAAUAGGGGUUCUGUUGCAGCUGGACAGCGAUAAUAUACUUGGCAAUACUUCAACAACAAAGGUCAACUGCAACCAACUACAACUACAUGCAAUCAUUCACACACACACACGCACUCACAUAAAGCCACCACACACA